AUGCCGAACGACUUCUUCAAAAAUUUCAUGCAUUCGCGUACUUCUUCCCGCUCUACAGCGCAAGCAACGAUCGACGAGCACACGCUCGCGACAAUGUUCAUGUACGACCACUCCUAUUGUACCACCCUCUCUCUGACGCUGGACGUGUUCUACUUCUCGAUACAUUCCAUGUUUGACAUCACUCUUGACAGGCCCACCCUGCUUUGGCCCGCCACUUACCCCACCCGAGAUGAGUUGAAUCCGUCCACACCUUCCACUUCACCCUCUCCCUUCGAGCCAGAACGUCCCAGAAUCAGAGUAUGCAACGCGCACGUACAGACACUGCUUCGCCUGAUGCUCAAAUCAGCUCGUUCAAUGCUCCAGGUCUCAACCCUGGCGCACACUCGCUGCACGCUGUCGCGGUGCAUCCAUCUCCUCGGUCCAAUUACCCACUCACGCCAACAAUACCAAAGCCCACGCACACACUCUCAGCUAGUCAAUCUCACAAUCUAUCUCAUAAGCGCAACCUCAGCCUCUACAACCCGCCCAACCUCACAACCCGCACGCACUGUAAUUCAACUUGCAGGGACCGAGCGACGACCAAAGCGUAGUGACGAAGACUAUAUCAAACGGCCCAAGAAUGCGUUAUUCUGUCUUGCCACAACCAUUGUAUACGAAAAUGAGGUAGAGUACAAUGUAUGGACUGUGGUAAAUACGUAG